AGUAUAAAAGCUGCUGCUGCUUGAAAUAAAAAUUACAAAUCAAAAUGCAACUUUAUACAAAGUUAAGCGUAGUGCUGUUUACGCUGCUGUCUUUAAAUUUAUUAGUUAAUGCUGGGUAUGGCAAUAUAGCAAAAGUCUCUCAGUUAACAACUCGCAUUGUGCCAAUACUUAAGUCCAGCACUGUCGUUAAGCAAAGCGAAGCGAUGAAACUUAGGCCGCUGGAUCUGACAUUGAUGAGUCGCACACGAAAUAUGACACAGCAUCAGUUCGCACAAAUGAUGGAAAAGUGUCAGAGUCUGCAUUCAAAGUGCACCUUUGCUGAGGACUGCUGUUCGCUGAAAUGCCUGAAGCAUCAGCAAUAUUGUAUUCUGUGAAGCAGACAUGCACUGAAUAAAAUAUGAAA